AGUCAGUAAAUGAACGAAUCUACAAGCAUAGUUAUGGCAAGAUCAAUAAGCAAAUUGCUUUGACAGAUAACGUUUUGAUUGCUCUAUCUCUUGGUAAAUAUGGCAUCAUCUGCAUGGAGGAUCUGAUUCAUGACAUCUAUACUGUUGGAAAACGCUUUAAAGAAGCAAAUAACUUCCUGUGGCCCUUCAAAUUAUUUUCUCCACAAGGUAGAAUGAAGAAAAACCACCCAUUUUGUAGAAGGUGGAGAUGCUGGCAACAGGGAGGACCAGAUCCACAGGCUUCUUAGAAGAAUGAACUGAGGUGUUUACCACAAUUAUUUUUCUAGUCUGAUCAGUUUAAAUAAACAGUAACUGCUUUCAAGUUGAAAAAAAGAAAGUUAGACUACUGCCAGUCAGAGUGGAAGCAGGCGGGCUGAUGAGGAGUGUGGCCAGACUCUGCAGGGGAUGUGCUGUGGGCCUGGGUUAGUGUGGUAGUGGUGGAGGUGAUGAAGAGUCGUUGGGUUUGGGAUUUGAUAAAAUGAUGUGUUCUGAGAUGUGAAAGUCUUACUGGUAUUUAAAAAAACAGCUCAAGGCAGGCCGAGCGCGAUGGCUCACACCUGUAAUCCCAGCACUUUGGGAGGCCAAGGUGGGCAGAUCACUUGAGGUCAGGAAUUUGAGACCAGCUUGGCCAACGUGGUGGAACCCCAUCUCUACUAAAAAUACAAAAAUUAAUUGGGUGUGGUGGUUGGCACCUGUAGUCUCAGCUACUCAGGAGGCUGAGGCAGGAGAAUUGCUUGAACCCGGGAGGCGGGAGGUUGCGGUGAGCCAAGAUUGCGCCAUCGUACUCCAGCCUGGGGGACAAAAGUGAGACUUCGUCUCAAAAAAAAGCAGCUCAAGGCAAAUUAUGAGUUAAUUAGAGUUUAAAAUGCCUUUCUCUUCAAAGUAUGUCAUAGAUUCUGUAUCCUUGAAAUUCCUCUGUUGGAGAAUGGAACCAGAAAAGGUAAGGACUAGGACUUGAUUGCAUUGUGAAUCCACUUGCUGAUGGAACAAGAAAGAUGGAACAGCAGAUGUGCAUAUUUUCCUCUGUAAUGGUCAUUGAUUUAAUAUAAAAGAUAUGUCUGAAGAAUGUAUGCUUGGAUAAGUAAUAUGCUGAAUUCUGGUGUUUGGUGUGAUUGUAUUAGCCUAGACCUGUUUAGUAGUAACUGUGAAAUAUGUUGCAGCAAUAAUAAGGAAUGUAGUGGGUGCCUUUCUGCUGUUAUCAAAAUCCAUUAACAGGUUUUCCUAUGCUUGACUGCCUUUCAUUGUUAUGCUUUAUGGUUCAUACUGAAGGGGUGUGUAAAUGACAUCUCUUCUAUGGUUUCUCAAGGUCUUAAAAACAGUAUUGUAUUUUGAGUAAACAUCUGUUUAUUCCAUAGUAAGGAUAGAUGCUAGACAGGUUGUGAUUUACUUUGGUUCUACUCCCCUACUUUGGAUAGGAUUUUACCUAGGUGGAGCAUUAGAUCAUGUUCUUGAGCUGUGUGGAACUUUGACUGGCUUAUGUGAAUGCUUCACACUGCUGGCCACCCUUUGUUGCUUCAGCAGUAGAGACAUAAGCUCAUCCUGGUUACACCUUUUAGUGUACAAGGUUCUGUGAAAAGUGGGUGAAGGUACUUCUCAAGCCAUUAAAUUGUAGUGGACUGUCUUUUUUUCUUUAGCAAAAUUUGGUUUUGGGAGUAUGAAAUUUAAACUUAUAUCUACCAUUUGUAAGAUACAAAGUCAUAGUAUGAGUGUUUCUGGGGUUUUGUUUGCUUUUUUUAGAGUUGGGGUCUUUUAGGAUAGAAUUCCCUUUUCCUUAACCACUUAAAGCUUGAGAACAAAGAUUUGGAAACCUUUUUUGGGUAGCGAUCACUUUAUUAAUCUGAUAAAAACUGUGGAUUCUGUUUCCAGAAAAAGACAUGUACAUAUACAUGUUCGUUCAACAGAUUUAUUCAGCAUGUAUUUAUUGAAUAGCUACUGUCUGCCAGGCAUAGUUUAUAGAUGUUUAGGAUACACCAGUGAACAAAAGAGAAAAAAACCCCAAGCAAACCUAAAAACCUUGCCUCUGUGGAGCUUAUAUUCUAUGGAAUCCAAUGGGUAAUAAACAAGAAUGUUAUGUAGUAUAUUAGAGUAUGAUAAAUGCUGUGGAAAAAAAUAGAUACUGUAAGGGAGUUUGAAAGAAGUGGAAAGAUGGUGGUUGUUGCAAUUUAAAUAGGGAAGUCAGGAUAGGCCUCAUAGAGAGGAUGAUGUUUGAGCAAAAGGCUAAAAUGUAUGGGAGUUAGCCAUGUGGAGUUCUGCAGCAUGAGCUUCCCAGACAGAGGAGAAUAGUCAGUGGAAAGGUCCUAAAGUGGGCACAAGGAAGACAGCGUGGUGGGAGCAGAAUGAGCAGGGGGUAGAGUGGUGUGUCAGUUUCCUGGGGCUGCCAUUCCAAGCACAUGCUUGGUGGCUUAACACAACAGACAUUUAUUGUGCCACAGUUGUGGAGGCCAGAAGUCUGAAAUCAAGGUGUUGGUUGGCAGGGUUAGUUCCUUCUGGGGGCUCUUAGGGACAGCCCAUUCCAUACUUCCUCCUUGCUUCUGGUGGCUGCUGGCAAUCUUUGGUGGCAGUCCCCAGGAACUGGGGGUUAAGACUUGGACAUAGCUUUCUGGGGACCACCCAUUCACUCUAUGAUGUCUGUUUUGACUUCUGAGGUAGAUGUUCACCAGUAAGGGGGUGGGGGCAAGUAAAGGUGCUUCUUGGGGCCCUUUUAAGGACUUUGGCUUAAAUUGAAAUGGGGAAGGCACUGGAUGGUUUUGAGCAAAGAAGUGACAUGAUGUGAUUUGCAUUUUCUCUUCUUUCUUUUUUUAAAAAAAUUUAAUUUCUGUUUAGUAGACAGCUCUCCUUAGGUUGCCCAUGCUGGUCUCAAACUCCGGAGUUCAAACAGUCCUCCCACUUUGGCCUCCCAUAGUGCAUUAUUUGCAUUUUAAAAGGACAGAAGACUCCUUUGUGGACAGUAGACUGGGACAACAGGCUAGAAAUAAUGAGAUAGGUGGGAGGCUAUUACGAUAAUAAUUCAUGUGAGAAAUGAUGGUGCUUACAUCCAUUUGCUAGUAGACUUGUGAAAAGUAUAUGACUUCUGUAUGUAUUUUGAAGAUAGAGCGACAGUAUUUUCUGAUGAGUUUUUAAAUUUUUUUAGUCAGAAUCUCACUCUGUUGCCCAUGCUGCAGUGCAGUGGUAUGAGCACGGCUCACUGCAGCCUUGACCUCCCUGGCUCAGGUGAUCCAUCUACGUCAGCCUCCCAAGUAGAUGGGAAUAUAGGCAUGUGCCACCAUGCUCAGCUAAUUUUAAAAACUUUCUGUAGAAAUGGGGUCUCACUAUGUUGCCCAGGCUGGUCUUGAACUCCUGGGCUCACAUGAUCCUCUUGUCUCGGCCUCCCCAAGUGUUGGAAUUAUAGGCAUGAGCCACCAUGCCUGGUCUCUGAUGAAUUUCACUGAAGGGUAGGAGUUGAAAGAAAGAAGUCAAGGAUGAUUCCAAGGUUUGGGACUGUGCAGCUCAAAGGAUGGGGUUGUCAGGAGCUGACAUGGGAAGGCUGUGUUUAGAGCAGGUUAUUUGUUUGUUUGUUUUUUAAGAUGGAGUCUCACUGUGUCUUCCAGGCUGGAGUGUAGUGGUGCAAUCUUGGCUCACUUCACUCUCCACCUCCUGGGUUCAAGUGAUUCUCCUGCCUUGGCCUCCUGAGUAGCUGAGAUUACAGGUGCCUGCCACUACACCCAGCUAAUUUUUGUGUUUUUAGUAGAGGCAGGGUUUCACCAUUUUGGCCAGGCUGGUCUCGAAUUCCUGACCUCAAGUGAUCUUCCCACCUCGGCCUCCCAAAGUGCUGGGAUUACAGGCGUGAGCCACCGCACCUGGCCUCUUGAGCUUACUUUGGACACACUGAGGUUAACAUAGUAUUAGAUACUCAAGUGGAGAUGCCAAGUAGACAGUUUUAAGAUGGUGUAAGAGUCUGGAAUUCAUGUGAGAAACCUGGGUUGGAGAUACCUAGUUGUGAGUGUGUGCCAAGUGUAAGUAAAGCUGGGAAACCAGAAGAGAUUACCAGUGGAGUAUAGGGAAGAGAAGAGGAAAGGUUCAAGGACAAAGUCCAGGGACGUUAAAAAGUCUGAGACAACAGUCAGCAACAAAAGCUGAUAAGAGAUCAGCAAAAAAGGAGGAAAACCAAGAAAUCAUAGACUAUAUUAUAUGGCAUCCUGGAAGCCAGAUGAGAAAAAUGUAUUCAAGCAGGAGGGGUAGAUGAAGUGUGUCAAAAAUCUGCUAAAAAUCAGCUUAGGACUGAGAACUGAUCAUUGGAUUUAGCAAUGUGGACAGAUGAUCUUGGCAAGAUUAGUUUCAGUGCAGGGUUUGGUUCAACAUUCUUAUUGGAGUGGGUUUAAGAAAGAAUGAAAGGAGAAUUUGAGAGAGUGAGUAUAGCACCUUUUUGAGGAUAUUUGCUGUAAAGGAGAAUAGAGAAAUAGGGUUGGAGCUAGUGGAAAUUCAGUGAAGACAUUUAUAGAAGUAGCACACUGCUUCAAAAUUAGGUAUAAUUUCAGGGAAUUAAUGGGUCCCCCAAAUCCCUCUGUGAACCUGCAAUUUAAAAACUGCUUGUUAGUAAAACCAUGAGGCAGUAACUUCAUUUCCUUCCUUGAGAUUUCUCUUUUAUAUUAAGAUGUUGCAUGGUUUGGUAAUUUAGAUCACUACAAGGAAUGAGAAUUCCUAUGUGUCGUCAGUUUUCUUUGUAAGGAAUAGGCCUCAGUAGAAAUUGGCCUUACAUUUUUGGAAAUCUAUUUUAUGCUAAGUAUUUACCCAGGCAUUCUAGAUGAAUUUAAUCUUUAUCCCAAUCCAGUGUAACAGAUAUUAUCCCCAUUUUAUAAUUGUGAGAAAAUGGAGGCACGGAGAGAUUCAAUAACUUUCCCAAAGUAACUCAGCUAGGAAGUGGCAGAGCAGAGUUUUAUUUUAUUUUGUUUUUUGUUUAUUUGUUUUAAGACAGGGUCUCACCCUGUUGCCCAGGCUGGAAUUGCAGUGGGACAGUCAUAGCUCACUGCAGCUUUGACUUCCCAGGCUUAAGCAACCCUCCUACCUCAGCCUCUGGGACCACAGGCAUGUGCCACCACACCCAGCUAAUUAAAAAAAAAAGCUUUUAUUUUUUGAGACAGAGUCUUGCUCUGUCGCCAGGCUCUGGAGUACAGCGGCAUGAUCUUGGCUCACUGCAGCCUCCGCCUCCAGGGUUCAAGUGAUUUUCCUACCUCAGCCUCCUAAGUAGCUGGGACAACAGGUGUGUGCCACCAUGCCCAGCUAAUUUUUGUAUUUUUAGUAGAGACGGGGUUUCACCAUGUUGGCCAGAAUGGUGUGGAUCUCUUGACGUUGUGAUCUGCCUUCCUUGGGCUCUGAAAAUGCUGGGAUUGCAGGUGUCAGCCACCGUUCCUGGCCAAUAAUUUUUUUUUUUUUUUGUGCAGACAAGAUCUCACUAUGUUGCCCAGGCUUGUCUCAACCCUCUGGGCUCAAGUGAUCCUUCUACCUUGGCCUCCCAGAGUGCUGCGAUUACAGACAUGAGCUACCGCGCCUGGCCUCAUGGUUCUUUAAUUGUGGAUGCUAAUAAAGUUUGUGAGUGUGGGGCAGAGAAGUGAGGUGUAGGUAGGUGUUGAAGGGCAAGUGGUGCUUGGGAAUUCUUUGAGAUUUUCAGUUGGAAGAUUCUCUGAAAGAGGAAGCAUUGUCCUCAUGGAUCGCUCUCAGAUGACAUAAAAUAGAUAUAGUAAGAUUAUAAUAGUUUUUAUUCUAAGUACUUGAGAAUAGCUUCUUUUCCUCCAGCAGAGAGGUAAGCAUCCUGUUCCAUUGUGUGAUAGUUGUUGGCUGACACACAGAUCUACUUUUUCUAUUUCCAGCAGGUGAAAUCACUUCCUCUCCACCUGUACUUUAUUUUCUGGUCCUUUUGACAGUAGGGCUUGAUAUUUUGGUAUACCCUGGAUGGCAUUGUUCCCUUGACUCAGAUGACCUAAAUUACUUGCUGUUUAUUGUAAAGUGGUUCAAGGGUGCUUUGAGGUCCUAGAGUUAAAAAUGGACGAUUCUGAGUCAGUGUGGCUUGAAGAGCAUGUCACUGAGGUUCUCCUAGUCCAGUGGGAUGCAGCAUUUGAUCUGCUCCAGGUCGUAUCCCCUUUUUCUCUGCUGUUUGUGUUAGUCUUUGCUUUCUGAGGUAACUCAGGCAUGUACUCGCUGUAAUGUCUACCCAAAGCCAGUCUCAUUAAGACCAGCCAAGGCCUGGAAAUGGGAAGGAAAUAAUACAUAUGAGGGUGCUGGAGCCCAAAUAGGUUGUCCUUUACCCUGAGGUACAGGUCAAAUUAGUGACAGAGCUGGCAUUAGAACCUAGUCUUCUUAAUGCCUAAGUUAGUGACUUAGGCAUUUUUUUUGAGACAGAAUCUUGCCACCCAAGUAGCUGGGAUUACAGGUGCGCAACACCGUGCCUGGCUAAUUUUUGUAUUUUUUUGUGGAGAUGGGGUUUCACCAUGUUGGCCAUGCUGGUCUUGAACUCAUGGCCUCAAGUGAUCUGCCCGCCUCAACCUCCCAAAGUGCUGGGAUUACAGGCAUAAGCUGCUCCUGGCCACUAAGUUAAUGUUUUUUAAAUAAAUGAGUGUAAGCACUUUUAUGUAAUCAUAAAUUUUCAUCAUCAUUAUAAUGAAUGCAUAAUGUAUCAUAAGUGUUUUCUGUUUUUUACUGUUGUAACACUAUGGAUCUUUUUAUUUUCAUUCAGUAAAUAAGUGAUUGUCAUUAUUCUAGGCACUGAGAUAUGAUAAUGAAUAAAUAGAAAAAAAUCUCUGCUCUCAUGGAGCUUAGAUUCUUUCUUUUUUUUUGGAGACAGUCUUGCUUUGUCGCCCAGGCUGGAGUGCAGUGGCGCGAUCUCAGCUCAUUGCAACCUCCGCCUCCCAGGUUCAAGCAAUUCCCCUGUCUCAGCCUCCCGAGUAGCUGGGACUACAGGCACUUGCCACCAUGCCCGGCUAAUUUUUGUAUUUUUAGUAGAAAUGGGGUUUCACCUUGUUGGUCAGGCUGGUCUCGAACUCCUGGACCUCAGGUGAUCCACCCACCUUGCCUCCCAAAGUGCUGGGAUUACAGGUGUGAGCCACCGUGCCCAGCCUAAUUUUUGUAUUUUUAGUAGAGAUGGGGUUUCACCAUGUUGGCCAGGCUGGUCUCAAACUCCUGACCUCAUGAUCUGCCCACCUUGGCCUCCCAGACUGCUGGGAUUACAGGUGUGAGCCACUGCACCCGGCUGGAACUUAUAUUCUAGCAGAUAAAUGUCGUCUCAUAUUUACAAUUAUUUCCUUAGGAUAGAGUCUAAGUGAUGUUACACAUAAAACUGUUCAGUAACUGGAGUGGGUGUGGUGGCUUAUGCCAGUAAUCCCAGCAUUUUGGGGGGCUGAGGCAGGCAGAUUACUUGAGGUCAGGAGUUCGAGAGCAG